AGCAUGCCGUGCCUGCAUACAGAGUCCCUGCCCUCUUUGCAAACUGAAAGCAGGUAUGGAGUUGCCUCUUCACGCAGGGGGUCUCAAGGGUCCAGGUCUAAAUCAGGGAAAAAAGUGAAAAGUGGAGAGAAAUCUACACGUGUGGAGAGGAAUGAGAUUGAGAAAGAGCAGGGUGCCAUCACCAGUGCUGCAUGGUUCUUCACGCCGCUCUGGGUCCCAGGAGCCAAAACCCAGAGGCUUGGAUUCAGGAUGGGAAAGGAAAGUGAGAAAGUGAAGGCAUGGCUGGAUGAUUAUUCAGAUUCUGCCAGAUCUUACUUCAGCAGAUCCUCUAGAAACUGGAUGAAUGGCUGUGCAGAAAGAGCCCAAGCUGCCCAAACCCUCAUCACAGAACCAAGGUCUAAGAUGACAGUUCUUGGCCGCCGGAGAGUGUCACACCCUAUGUGUGGUCCAUCUCGAGCUCUCAUCUACCCUGCCACAAUGCAAAGACCACGAUCCUGCCUCUCCGUCCAUCAGACUGAUCAUCCUGAUAGUUUGGACCAGAGCGGAGGUCAUUUUCCUCGAUCAUUACAGCCUAUACACUUUAUGUUUUCACCCUGUCGGUCAAGAUCAAGGUGUUCAAGUUUUCUGGGCUACUCAAGACCUGCAGGACAGUGUAGAAGAGGCGAGUCCUGUACCUUCAUGAUGCAGCUCUUCAGUGGUCUGAUUGGAGCUCUACAGGACAAAAACCUGGAUCUUCAGGUCCUGCAGCACCUCUGUGAAGUCACUGAGGCUCAACGCUUCUGUCUCUCAAUGACAAUGGUAGACAAAAUUGGUGAAAAGUGUUUGGGUCCCGUCCUUCAAUCAGAUGUGGACUCUAUUCACAGCAACGCACAGACCAAAUGGGACAAGUCCAUUAUGGAAUACGUAGUCAGGACUGGGAGACCUCUUAACAUCAGGGAUGCCCAUGAGGACCCAAGAUUUCAGGUUGAAAUUUAUGAGGCAGAAGAAGACAGACCCAAGAGUGUUCUCAGUGUGCCCGUCUUGAACCACAAGAAGGAGGUUAUUGGUGUUGUCAUGGCUGUGAACAAAACCAGAACAUGCGCAAGCAGCUUUUUCUCUCAGCAAGAUGAAAAAGUGCUGUCAUCACACAUGAUGCUGUUCGGACUGAUCCUGGAAAACCAUCAGCUGUGUGAGAGUUCUGAACAAGAGAACAAACGCAACCAGGUGCUGUUGGAGCUGGCUCAGCUGGUGUCACAUGACUAUCCAUCUGUGGACGCCAUGCUCGGCGAACUGGCUGCCGUUAUUCUACCAGUUACAAAAGCACAAUUCUGUACUGUUUUCAUCUCAGAUGACAGCUCCACGAGGCUUUUCUCAAGGAUGGUCCAUAUAGAGUAUGAAGAAAUCGAAUGUUCUGUUCAUUGUUCCACAAGGGAUUUUGAAACUGAUGACGUCAGCUACAUGUAUGCAAUGCAUGUGCAAAACUCAAUGGAGCCACUCAAUAUUGUCAACCGGCCUGCUCAGAUUUCCAUGGUCUCUCCGAUUAGAAGUUUGAUUGGUGCUCCUCUGAGAGGCAAACAGAGCAGUAACGUCAUAGGUGUGUGUCAACUGGUCAAUAAAAGAAUGGCUAACACUGAGAGUGAAGCUUUUAGCCGAGCCGAUGAGCAUCUCCUACAAGACUUUGCAGUAUACUGUGCCCUUGGAUUGCAAAAAUUCAACACCCAGCAGACGGCAAAUAAAACCAAAGCCAGGCUGGCUGUGACUAAAGAGGUCUUAUCUUAUCAAAUCUCUGCUUCACAAGAAGAGAUUAAUGAAUUAGAGGAGGCCACCAUCCCAUCAGCAGAUACCCUCUCUCUGCUUGAUUUUGGCUUCAGUGAUUUUGAUAUGUCGCAGAAUGCCAUGACUCAGGCUGUCGUGCGCAUGUUUCUGGAUCUCAAUUUGCCACAGGAAUUUAACAUCAAUUACAAGGCUUUGUGUCAGUGGGUUCUGAGUGUGCAGAAGUGCUACAGGAGCAAUGUGGUCUAUCAUAACUGGAGUCAUGCACUGCGCACCGCUCAGUGUAUGUUUGCAAUGCUGCAGACAAAGGAACUAAAGAGCAAUUUUAGCAGUCUGGAGGUUCUUGCGCUCAUGAUUGCCAGUCUGAGUCAUGAUCUUGACCACAGAGGUGUGAAUAACUCCUACAUUCAGAGGAGCAACCAGCCUCUGGCACAACUGUAUGGUCAAUCCUCCCUGGAGCACCAUCAUUAUGACAUGUGCCUUCUAAUUCUUAACAACCAAGGCAGUCAGAUUCUCAGUUCACUCUCAAUGAACGAAUACAUGGCCUGUUUGCAGAUGAUUGAGAAGAACAUUCUGGCAACAGACCUUGCCAUUUUUUUUGAGAAGAGAACUAAAUUCUUCAAACUUGCUGAGAAUAACAGCUGUCUGUGGAAGGAUGAAGGACACAGAGAACUGCUAAGGUCAAUGCUAAUGACAGCGAGUGACAUAUGUGCAAUAACCAAACCAUGGCCAGUUCAGAAGCGGAUCGCUGAGCUUGUAGCAACUGAAUUUUAUGCACAAGGAGACCGAGAGAAGUGUGAACUCAACAUUCAGCCUAUUGAUGUGAUGGACCGUGAAAAUGCGUCUCGUUUACCUCAGAUGCAGGUUGAUUAUAUCGACGGGAUUUGCUCACCGCUCUAUGAGGCCUUGGCUUUCAUUUGCGAGUCCUGCUCUCCUCUGAAAGAAGGUUGUAGCAAAAACAGAAAACACUGGCAAGAAAUGGUGGACGAUAAAAAGGAAGAUAAAUUUAAAGAGCAAGAAAAUUAGAAAUAUAAGCGAUUUAAAGCUGAAAUCCAUCAAGAAGGGAACCGGGACUCAAAGUUGUGUCUGAUAUUCAGAUUUUAGUAAUCAUUUCUCAUUUGCUAAGAUUAAAAUUAGUGCGACUGUAUAAUACAUAACCUUGCAUUAUUGGGAAACCAUUAUAAACACUGGUGUCAUACUCAUCUAUUCUUGAUCUUUACAUUUUUCAACAUUACACAAAGUUGACUGGCUUUGUCAUAC